CCGCGGUGCACUGUGGGAGCUGGACGUACUUAAGGGAGCGGCCAUGUUGGUGGAGUUGGGCAGCUGAGAGGGAGAGGCGUUCGAGAGACAAAUCAAUCCUUCUCCAUCCGCACCCAAGCCGGGCUCAUCGAGAGACGCAGUCGCCUCGUACGCCAUAUUUUAUUUUGUGCCGUGUUUGCAGUUUGUGAGUCUGACAAGCGGAAGCUGUGUGCGGUGGUUGGAGGUCUCCUGAGGUGAUUUCGGGGAGCUCCCUGCCAGCGUCCUCACGGAGGCCGGCGCGUUCUGGAAACGCGACCGCUCCUCUUGACAUUUGGACGCACAACAAAGACGACUGCUGCGGGGAAGAGUUCUCCAGCUUUCGAACUUCAAAAAAAAACCUCAAUUUCUCAUAAUUUCUGAAUUCUUCGAACUCUGAUUUUUAAAGAGUCGGAGUGCCGACAAUUUUUUUGCGUUUUUAUUUUUAAAGAAAAUUCAAUAUAGAGUAUAUAAUUUCGAAGAUUUUUCUUUUCGUUAUUUAUAUGAACUUGUGAAGAUUCUUGACGGACUGCUGUUUUGGGCCGCGAGUGGAGGGACGAGCAGCAGAUUUGCGACCAAGAUUGAACUUCUUAAAGGGCGGAAACGAUGGCUGCCACACGCACAGAAAACGGUGUUGCCGUGGGCAUGGGCGGCCAGAUGAGGUCCACGACAGGGCCCAACAUGCUCCGAGUGAACGCGCCCACUAUGAUGCCUCAGUCCAAGGGCCCGAUGCCCAUGUCUGCGUCAGCGCUGCAGUCGGCGAGCAUGCAUGGAGGGUCCCAGGCGCAGAACCCAGGCGCGGGCAGCGGUGUCAAACCUGGUGAUGACUGGAAGGCAGGUCUGAAGUUGCCACCAAAAGACAGAAGAGUAAAGACUUCAGAUGUGACCGCCACGAAAGGAAACGAGUUUGAGGACUACUGCCUGAAGCGUGAGCUGCUCAUGGGCAUUUUCGAGAAGGGCUGGGAAAAACCCUCUCCAAUCCAGGAAGAGAGCAUCCCUAUUGCACUGUCUGGGCGAGAUAUUCUGGCGCGUGCCAAGAACGGGACCGGUAAAAGCGGAGCCUACCUCAUUCCCCUACUAGAGCGUCUGGACAUGAAGAAGCCCUACAUUCAAGCACUAACGAUUGUGCCGACGCGUGAGCUGGCGCUGCAGACCAGCCAGAUCUGCAUCGAGCUCAGCAAGCACAUGGGUGGCGUCAAAGUUAUGGCCACCACCGGCGGCACCAACCUGAGAGACGACAUUCUGCGUCUCGACGAGACUGUGCACGUCAUAAUCGCGACACCUGGCCGCAUCCUGGACCUCAUCAACAAGGGCCUGGCCAAAGUGGAUGCCGUGCAGAUGAUUGUGCUGGAUGAGGCCGACAAGCUUCUGUCGCAGGACUUUGUGCAGAUGCUCGAUGACAUCAUCCGUGCCAUGCCGCGCAACCGCCAGAUCUUGCUGUACUCCGCCACCUUCCCGCUGAGUGUGCAAAAGUUCAUGAAUCGGCACCUGCAGAAGCCGUAUGAGAUAAACCUGAUGGAGGAGCUCACUCUGAAGGGCAUCACACAGUUCUAUGCUUACGUCAAUGAGCGCCAGAAAGUGCACUGUCUCAACACGCUCUUCUCCAAGCUGCAGAUCAAUCAGUCGAUCAUUUUCUGCAACUCAACUCAGCGCGUGGAGCUGCUGGCCAAGAAGAUAACACAGCUCGGCUACUCUUGCUUUUAUAUCCAUGCCAAGAUGAAGCAGGAGCAUCGUAAUCGUGUGUUCCACGACUUCAGGAGGGGAGAAUGUCGGAACCUGGUGUGUUCCGAUCUGUUCACCCGAGGAAUUGACAUUCAGGCUGUGAAUGUGGUCAUCAACUUUGACUUCCCAAAGAAUGCCGAGACGUACCUGCAUCGCAUUGGCCGUUCCGGCCGCUAUGGCCACCUGGGCCUGGCCAUCAACCUGAUCACGUACGAGGACCGCUUCAACCUGAAGGGCAUCGAGGAGCAGCUGGGCACCGAGAUCAAGCCCAUCCCGGGCACUAUUGACAAGAGCCUGUACGUGGCCGAGUUCCACAGUGAGCCGGAUGAGGGCGGCAGCACACAGCAGCCAGCCCAGCAGCAGCCGCCGUCGCAGCAGCAGCCCUAAGACAAGUCGAGGGCAUUCUGCACGCUUCCUCCAAGAAGACAUUUAUGUUGGAGGCGUGCCACAGCUUUUUUUUAUUGUUACACUUCGCUGCCCCCUUAAAGGUUUUAUUUACAACUGCUUAUUUCAAAAAUAUUUUAAUUGGAAGGUAUAUAAGAUAAAUAUCAGCAUUUGGAGUUAAUUCCUUCUGUUAAAAUUAAUCACCAUACAAUUCUUAAACAAAAAUGGUGACGAGCGUAGGGUUUCUGGGAGGUCUGUCAUUCAAAGCUUCAAGAAUUAAUUUAGCCCCCCUCCUUUCCUCCUGCUGUUUAGACCGUUACUUCUGUGCUACAAUAUAAUUUUUUUGCACAAAAGUGCCUUACUGACCGAUACUGCAAGCAUUGUGCAAAAGAUGAGACGUGGCAGUGGGGCGAAACACCCGGCCGCUGGGAUUUGGAACCUUGAGCAGAUGCCGCAAUGUGGCUCGUGUUGCUCGUAUCGCGCUCAGAAUGGAUUGGCGUGACGGCGCCUGCCUGUUCAAGAGGCUUGCGUGCUCAAGCGCGACCGACUUGGAAGCCCUCUGGAGUUACAAGACGACAACAAAUCUUGUGUUUUUUAAUGUUAUUGUUAUUUUUGGACUUACAAAAGUACAAAAGACAAAAAAUCCCUUAACAAACUGAAUGGAUAUUUAAAAAAAAAACCAGCUUACAAGGGUGGGUCCUGGGCCAGGCGCAGCUUGCCUGCGUUGGCAUACGCGAUGUUUGGGGGAGCUUCUCUGCUGAAACGGACCUGAUGCCAUGGAGACCACGGGCAGCACAGGGCAGCGAACACUUGCAAGGUGGCACCGCCUCCAAGCGCAAUACACUAUGCAGCCGAGUUGUGGUGUCUCCCUGGCCUUGCAACCUGCUGAAAACGAGGACAAUUGUUGGUUUGAAAAACGAAGAGAAAAUGAGGGAGAGGAGGGAAAAAAGAAGAAAGGCAAAAAAAAUUCAUUUAAAAAAGAAGUCCCUGUUAAUGCUCCAGAGAUGGCUGUUAAAAUGGUGUUGCAGGCAAGCUGAGAACCGUUGUGUAAAUAGUGUAAAUUUGUAAAUAACAUCCCGGAUGCCCGGUCAUGCGCAACAUGUCCACUCUGCAGUUUGGCGAUGGGGCCCAUGUGUUGCUAGUUGCGUCUGGGCGUAAGGCAUUAACAGUUUUAUUUAACAAUAACGUCCAAAUAAUUGCUCAAGGCCUCGGCUGGCUAGCAAACGGAAACAAAACCAUCCAUGCACGUGUUUUAAAAUGUCCCCAAUCUUAAGCUCUUGGCGUUUUGGAAAAUGAUGGCAAUGCUUUGAUGGUUGUGAAAUUUGACCACAAUUGUACGUGACAAGUGGUGCAAAGAUCAAGCUUUAUGAAUUGGAUAUAUUGUGGCUGACAAUUUUUGAAAACUUGUGAGAAUUUGGCACGUUGCAGUUGCAGCAGUAAUUCACCUUCAACUGUUGGGGGAGUUAAAAUGCGUGCGUGUGUUGCACAUUGGUCUUUGUGAGCCUUGGCGAAAAAGGUCCCCUGAAGUUGAGCAUGUGGAGGACCACGCUGGUGCACUUGCAACCUUGUGCAGCGAGUGCGCACUCUUGCUUCGUAGCAACACGGAAGCCCUAAAUGGAGCCACGAUUACUCGACGUUAAAAAAACUUUCCUGCAAAUGGUCUUCGUGGGCGCCCCUGCACCAUAGCGGAGUUUUACGCUUGGGCGGGCAUCCACAGCCACGCGUGUGUCCUCUUUGAAGCUUCAGCCACUUUUGUGCAUAAGGGGAGGAGGGGGGCCUGGCCAGCUUUGGCCUCUGGCUUCUCAAGUUUAGAGCUGUCUUUCUAAAAGCUGCACGAAUUUGCACUCUUCUCUUUGCGCCUGCGCCCCCAGGUUCAUUCUAGUGCAGUCGGCUGCGGUUUCAAACGGCAACGCGUGUGCGUAAUUUUUAUUUCCUUUUUUUGUUUUUGUGGAUAAUUUUAUUUUUCCCUUCGCUCAUCUUCCUGUACAGAAAUGCAAGAGUGUUAUUUGUUUUUAUAUGAUCACAACUCCCCAGCCCCUGCCAUGCGCUCGUUUUUGGUGCUCAACCAUGCCCAGGCUGUGGUCUUCAACCGUUGCAAUACACGCCAUGGGCAGGCCCUGGCAGGCUGAGCACCGACCACCAAGCGCCCCUGUACUGUACAGAAGCGUGUGGACUCUGCGCGUUUCCGAAGCUUGCUGCUGCCGUGAGCGGACUGUCCCGCCGACGGGAGCAGUAAAUGGCGCACAGAUGUAUUCCCUAACUGUGAGAAGAAACCCAGCUCGUUUGGAUGUAUUGCACUUUUUUGGGGCACAAGCCCACAUUUAGGCGAUCGUUGUGGGCUGUUGCAUUUAUAUAAAAAAAAGAAUAUAGCGGUAGGAGGAAGAAAUUGUUUUUGGUCGACCACUUGCAUCAGCUGUACCAUUUUCAACUUUGAGAAUUUAAAAUAUUCGCCAGCUACCAGAGUUUUGAAAUGGGAGAAGUCGAAUGCCCGUUCUUAAACUCGGUGCCAAUUCAAAUGUGCACGUGCUUGUUUGGAGUAUCAUUGGCCAGUUGUAUACGCGUUUCUUGUAUGACCUACCUCGAGGUUGACAAUGAGGUGCGAAACAUUCGGACAAUAAUCGUUCACUUGGGCUUUCACUUGUGCAAAACUUAAACCAUCAAAGUAUUAGCAUAACACUGAGAGCCAUUUCAACUAAUCCACUUGUUUGUAAGGCGGCCCACAGCACGUUCAUUCACAGUUCUGAAGCAAAACAUUUCGGCAUCUCGAGCAAAUGCGCAUGCGGCAUGAAGCUCGGUAGAUCGAGGCUAGUUUUUUUUGCAGCAGUUUGUGGUAACGAAGGCCAAUGUCCAAUGGCGUUUUUUUUAAGUGGCGUCCCUGCCAACGCCGACCCUAUAACACCAUGAAAUGUUCUGAGGCGCGUGUGCAAAAAGACGCGCGCGUGUGAGCCGGCACACAAGGUUUCCUCGUCCUCAACCACCGCGUUUGGCAGUGGGCGAUGAAACCUUGUGCUCCCAUCUCACAACCACUUUUGUUUUCGCCUUUUUAUUAUUUUUAUUGAAGAGUUAUUGGUCUGGCUCUGCGUCCUGAAAGUCGCAGCCCAGAAGCCAAGGGGAAGUGCCCUCGUUGUUUGAGACCCACGCAAACGAAGAGUGGCAGGUGGGCGAGCUAAAGGAAUGUGUGACUCGCAGGAGGAAUCUGUUUGAAGCACUUUCCCCUCUGCACACGGCCACUGUUACUCGAGGUGCACUUGUGGAACCCAAUGCCGCACCACUGGGACUCUACCGCAUUUGUCGUUUGGUUCUCUGAUCCCCAUAGAAUUUUUUUUGCAAGCCUGAGUGCACCUCAUUCCUCCUGCGAGCAACUUCUUAUGGAAACAUCCUGUUGUGGAGGCUGGAACCUGUGGGUCCUGACUGAACUUCAGCUUGUGACAGGUUGGAAACUUCUCUUGAUAGUUUAUUGAAGUUCAGUCAGGUUAACUUUUUUUUUGGGGGGGGGGGGGGAGGGGGGGUUAGGGGCCAUAAUUGGGAUAUUGUGUUUGGUUAGGUUUCAAUGAGCAAAAUUAAAAAGAAAUGCCAAUUAAUUUUGGUCCCCUGUUUUUGAAAAAAUUAAAUUGGGCUUGGGUAGGUUUGAGAGGGGGGGUAAGCAGGGGGGGGGAGUAAAGUAAUUGUGAGUGUGUGACCCAGCCAACAGUAAAUGUUUUCUAUCCAAUGUUAAAACGGAAUAACCAAAUUUAAACACCGGCGCAAGUAAUUUGGGUUUACUUUUGCCUGAUCAAUGAUUCGCUGCUGUUGGAUGGGGCCACCUCGUACAGAAAUCUUAAGCUUGGCACCCUUUGUGUUGGCUUCUGACCAGCACUAAGUGAAACCACGUAAUUACCUUUCAACAAAGCUUUUGCAACCGUUAUACACUGCAAGUAUGUGGUUUACAGUCUUGACUCCACUCUGCAAAUAUGCACAUGUUUGCAUCAUUAGUAAUUGCAUUAAAAAAAUCUGUAAAAGUGGCAAGGCAAAAUAAUUGUUUUUCCUUGUUACAAAAUGCUUUUGGUAACGUGGUUAUAUAGUCUGCCUGUCACUGUGACUUCAUUUUUUGUUUAAAUUAAAUUGGCUUGGGAUAGAGCCGUGUGGUUACUGUGAUGCAAAUAUUUGUUUGCUUUUAAAUUAACAUAACCCAUCUUUAAGGGGAGGAGAAAACGUGACACCCUGUCGUGCAAUGUGAUGUUAUCCUCUUGACAAGCAAGGUAUGAUUGUAUUGUUCUUGUCUUGACGCCGAGGCCUGUUAAAACGUUCUGGCUGAACGCGUGAUGGCUCUCCAUUUUUUAGUUUUGCGUUGUACCACGUGUGUUUGGCAUAUCCAGCGUGUUUCGCUUCACAUUGAGGGAACUGUUUCUACGUGUCGAACAACAUGCGGUACGACCCAAAACACAUUGGAGAGAAGUAAAGCGCAAAGCAAAAUCUGUGCUGGUAAGAAUGUGGUGCUUGAGAAUCUUACCACUUUCUCCCAGACUAGUGGACGGCACCGGUUGAGAUAGAAAUGUGGCCUGUUAUUGCCACGGAAUCCCCACCUUGCUUGUCAAUGUGUAACCGACUUGUUUGGGCAUUACACCGAGUACUAUUGAGUUUAAAGUGACACGCACGCGUUUAAUCUGGAUUUCAUCCUGAAAGAUCAGCUGUUUUUCGAAGGUUGUUUCCACGUCCUUUGUACUCCUUGAUUAGGCCAAAAUAAAACAAGACUUUAAGCUGC